CAAUUUAUUUGCAUUCCAAUUUCCAACUCUACCUUGAACCUGUUAUCAAAGAUAGGCACGUUCAAUUAGCUUCCACUUGCUAAUAGUGCUCCUCAUCUUUCAUUAAAAAAUCCUACAUUCAAAGUCUAAACAUUUUUCCCCUCUUUUAGCACUUUUAGGUCCUUCAUAUGGAUGAUUCUUCCAAGCCACAAUCUGCAAAGCAGCUCAAAGAACUUCUCCAACACCAGCAAGAGCCUUUUUCAUUGCAAGAUUACCUCACUGAAAGAAGUUUCAUGUUCAAGAACUGCAACUCUGGUAGUAGCAGCAUUCACAGCCUCUAUUCUGCAAAGAAUCUGAAGUGGUCGAUCAAAAAUGAUGUACACAAGAUUAGGAGAAGGUUCUUACAUGUUACAGAGAUUCUAAGAUCAUUACUUUACAAGUUCACUCCCAUAGUUGACAACCAUGAGUUCUCAAGCUGUGAUGAACACAAUAGUGAUCGAUAUUAUGUGCAUGAAAUAGCAGAAGACAUCAGGGAAACUCAGCAAGUAAAUGAGCCUUUUUCACUGAGAAGAUUCAACUUGUCUCAUCAUUUUGCUAAUAGUGAUGUUGUGGACAAGGUUUUCCCCUAUGAAAAUGAUAGCUCAACUCUUGUAAACAUGUCAUUCACACUCCCCAAUUUGAGAAGAUCAGAGGUUGAUACAUGCACCAAGCCACGUUGGAUAAGCUCAAAAGAGAAUUGGCAGCAGUGCAAAAGAGGAUCAAAAUGGAAAGACCAACCAAGUGCAGUGUGUCACCUAGGAAGCACAGAAUUCCCAGUAACACCUCUUCAAACUUUAUCCCAGAAACUUGUUAGAGACCCAGCAUUCUCAACCUAUCUCAGAAAGCUACUUGUGAAUUCAAAUAUUCUUACAUUUAAGCAUGCAAGAAGGGUCCAACAGAAGAAGAAUCAGCUACACUGUGUAGAAAAAGACAGAGGGUUUCAUAAAAAUGAAGGUAGAAAUCUUUCGUUUAAAGCAGUUUCAGAGUCAUCAAAAGACAUUCAAAAUAUUAUACAUGAGCGUUUUAGCUUCUUGGAGAAACAAUAUAAAGGGGUUGAAAAGAUCACUCACCUGGUGCAUGCAGAAUCCUCUGUCAUAUCAGAAGAGUGGACGAGCCUCCACAUUAUGAAUUGGGAGAUACACAUGGAGAUAGGUGAUUCUAUCAUGGAUGACAUUGUAAAGGAAAUUAUCGAUUUGUUUUAAUCAGACCAAUGCUCAUAGAAUGUUUGUUAAGAGUAUUUGGCGAUAAUAAUUUGUAAAUCAUGAUUUGAUUCAACCGGAAAUUAAUGG